ACAUACGUUCUUGGCAAACUUAUCCCCAGGCUGGCCAGACAUAUGAACUCUUUUAGAGUUUCAACGAGGUCUGAUCUCUGCAGACUACUAGUACUCAACCUGCUCAAAUAGACGUCAUGAUCGAGUGGAAGAACACAAUAAGUUCAGAUCAACUAUUGGACAGUGUAUAGAAUUUUCAACCUAUGUAUUGCAUAAUUAUCCACACGAAUGAAAAAGCUUCCAUAAUAUCACGGCAACAUUUUCAGGACAAGCUUUUAAUUACAGUAUCGAUGUUUGUUAUAGGCAGUGUACGUAGAGCUUGAAGAAGAAUGGUACUAGCUCUAUAGUCUAUGUCAAUUAUCUCCGUUCUAAUCAGAUCGAGCAUACCAGUAUGCAGAAUUUGCCUGUAACACAGAUGUUUCUUUGAAUAUAUAGGCCUACAGAUAUCGUGGUUUAUGUCACCAGUCCAUUCACUGCCGUUUAUUUCGUCAGCGGUGGUGACAUCUUUCCACUCCCAUUGACUUUGUACACAACGAGCGCGCACACACCGACACACACGAGAAGAGAGGUGACAAAUUUCACGAUAAGGCCAAGAUUAAAACCUGUCGAAAUAACUGCCGAAUUCUAAUUGUGAGGCAUGCACAGUCAUGCUCACAUGUCAACACAAUCUUAGACUUUGGAACCUAGCUCGAUGGACGUUUGUCUUCUACCAAGAGCAGGCUGUAUAUCACUCAUGUGAUCACAAUAGACCUACAACUAGAGUGUAAACAGCCACUAGAUAUAGCGUUGCGUUGUGUUGAUUCUGUGGAAUAAACUACGCUUUAUGGUUCGCUUAGGGCGGAUUUGGCAUCAGGAUGGAGGAAAGUGAUGAAAGGAGCGCCCUCUACGUUGGGGCUUCUUCAGACCUAAGGGACUAUGCAUCUUACGAAGCACCCCCUCUACCGGACCAGGAUUCACCCGUGGCUAUCGUUAAAGAGGUAAACACUGGGCGGACUCGUCGUUGCUGGAUCACCGUAGAGUUUAUAGUUAUCUUGGUGGCUGCUAGCUAUGGUGGCACAUCCACACUUGGCGGGCAAUACAUCAGGUUUCGCGUAAGCUCAGAACUCUACGGAAACGCAACCUUUAAUAGCUCGCAUGACAGCGCCUGUGAUCAAGGCAACUCUACCGCGUUCAUCGAAGGGGAGAUCCAGAAGAUCACGUCUAAAUGGACGCUUUAUCUCACUUGCUCCGCUUCUCUUCCAGGCAUCUUCACGACACUGCUGAUUGGAACCCUGAGUCAGCGAUACGGGAGAAGAGUUUCCAUCCUUCUGCCAUGCAUGGGAUUCCUCGGAGAUUGCAUUGUCAAGCUUUUUGUGAUAAAUCUCCAACUUCCUCUAGGCUACCUCUUCGUUGGCAGCAUCUUCUGUGGUCUUUGUGGCAACCUGGCCCUUUUCAUGACAGGAUGCUUCACUUACAUCACUGACAUAACUACAGAGAAAGAUCGGAUGAUCCGGAUUGUCAUUGUUGAAAUUCUUAUAUUUGUUGGGAUAGCCGCAAUGCAGAUCACCCUCGGGUACUUGAUCAAUGCCCUAGGUUUUGCUCGGAGCCUUUGGGUUCCGUUCACCGCCCUGGUUCUGAGUAUCAUCAAUGCAGGGACCCCAUGCCUCUUGGAAGAGACUAUUACCGAUGAGAAGAAGAGGGACACGGCUGAAGUACUCAAAGACAUCGUUCGUCUGUUCCGAGGCAAUAAAGAUAAUCGUCUCUACAUUCUGAUUACAAUGCUUGCUGUCAGUAUACUAGUCGGUAUCGUGAUUCAAGGCGGUAUCAUGAUCACAGUGCUCUAUGGCCAAGGGCAACCGUUCUGCUGGGGCCCAGUCAUGAUCGGGUACUUCGUCACUAUCUCCCUCGUGAUACCAGGAAUUGGAACGGUAGCCGGAGCUGGUAUUUUUCAACGAUUGAAGCUAAGCUAUAUGUGGAUCGUGCAGGUCUCGAUUAUAAGUGGUUUAGCUAAUACCCUAGCAUUGGCAUUCACAUUUGUCAUACCAUCGACUCUCCUAAUCUUUGCAAGUACGUUCCUUGGGUUGUUCAAGCUCUUGGGUCUUCCCGUAAUUCGUACAUUCCUCUCGACUGUAGUGCAGAAAAACGAACAUGGAGCAUUAUUUGCUGCGUUGGGCGUCUUGGACGGCCUUUCUGCCUUUCUCGCCACGCCCAUAGUAAAUGGAAUAUACUACGCUACUAUCGAUCUCUUAUCAACAGCGGUCUUCUUCGUAAUGUCGGCACUGUUGAUCAUCCCAAUCAUCAUUACCGGUGUUCUACAAUGCAAGGGUAUCGGCAAGGUUGAUGGAAGGCGCCCUCUAUCGAUUAAUACAGAUGCUGAUGAUGCCACAGAACCUUUUCUAUCAAGAGAUGGCCCAAAUAGCUGAAAAUAUAUUAUGCGAUUUAAUUCAACUAUAGGCCUAAACAUACAUAUUUCAUAUUAACAUGGACAGAGCUACUAUUGUUUAGGUAUAACCAAUGACAUAAUUCAGCCAAAUUGUGGCCAUUAUAUCACGAGUCAGUGAUUUUCUUCGAUAAAGCACGAUUUCGCUGUUUCUUAUAUUAAUGUUUGUGAAGAAACUCAAAUGAACUCCAAUAUGAAGCGCAUCGUCUUAUAGGAACACCCCAAACCCUCAUCUUCUCCUAUCUUGCCAGGUAAUUCCUAACACAUAAUGCAGCAUUCUUCACAUGGUCACCCCCCCCCCUCACCACGAAGCACACUUUUUGUAAAGCCCUCCCCCCC